AUGAAGUUGAUGUCAUCUCAGGCCUCCGAUGACCGCAUGGAGCCUUAUCAUUACGAGGACCUCAACCUAGACAGGCCUGCAUUUCGCCUCGUCCGCCUGUUCAAAGGCGACGAUGGUGAUAGGUUACGAUGUGAACUUUUCCAGGCCUUCCUAGACGAGCGCGACUGUGUGCUGCCUUACGAGGCUCUCUCUUACACUUGGGGCAGCACGACCUUGGCCGAGGAGAUUGAAACCAACGGGAAAUCACUAGGUAUCACUAAUAGCCUAUACGCGGCUCUGCACCGACUUCGUUAUCGGGACAAGGACCGUAUCUUGUGGGUCGACGGGAUAUGCAUCAACCAAAGCAACCCCAAAGAGCGUGGUCAUCAGGUCUUACACAUGGGGUACAUCUACAAGCAAGCCGACCGGGUUGUGUUCUGGCUAGGGUAUGCGACUUACGACACGAACGUGUUCAUGGAAUCCGUGAAAGCGUUGCAGGAGGAGAGCAUGAAACACACGACCAAGGACUGGAAACUUGAUGAUCCUCGCUGGAGGGAGAUUUGGGAGGAAGUGCAGCCGGCGUUGCGAGAUAGGUUUUGUGACUUGGUCGCGACGCAACGGGAGGGUCUCGUCACAUUGCUCAGCAGGCUGUGGUUCACAAGGGUGUGGAUUCUCCAGGAGGUGGCAAACGCACCGGCCGCCUUGAUAUACUGUGGUCCAAAGUCCGUGUCGGCACGUCUGCUUGCCCUAACGCCCAUCCUCCUCGGCGUCAGACCCGAGCGUGUCUGCCAGGCCGUCCUGGAUAUCAUGCCGGGCCCGUCACGAAAGGAGACGUGGUGGGCGAAACAAAGAGACCUGUAUUUCCUGCUGCAAUACUUCGGGUCCAGCCAGGCGACGGAACCGAGAGAUAUCAUAUACGCUCUGCGAGGGCUGUCGACCGAUGCCAACGACCCUGAGGUUCUUGCUCCGGACUAUGCACAACCCGUCUCGGAGCUCAUCCGAAAAGUGUCGAAUAUUCUCUACUACUGCGACGUGAACAGAUUCGAGAGGACGGUAGUAGAUAUACCUGAUUUAGUGCAGCGGGUAAAGGAGCUCAACAGCGUCGCUCUCGGGGAGCUCCUGAGGACGUCCAAGAAGAGGGAGAUUUCGCUGAUCCUUGAUCGCGGAGGCAUUGCCAUCACAAAAGGCACGGUUGGGAGCGCUUUAGAAAACGAAAAAGACGGGCUGGAACUCCUGCGUUCUAUCUUCGGGUACACGCAAUACUCGAUAACAAUACCAGAUACUGCCGUCGCUGAAAUAGCCCGUCAGACGGACGCCAAAACCAUGGACGUCCUUCUACGUCACCGGAUAGCUGGCUGCUUACAGACGGAUACAUUGGUUUGCGCAGCUUUGAACGAGCAGCACGGACCGGACAUGGUGGAUCUAUUGCUUCCGAGAUACCGCGACGGGAAAUUGGAUCCAGAAGUGCUGGUGGCCACUUUUCGGAACAGCGUCAGCGGUUACAUGGUUGUAGAGCGGAUACUCAAAUACUCCAAACAGUUUGACUUAUCCCUCAACCUUGGCCAAGUGGUCUUCACCAUCUGUGACCCGCAGAAGGCGCUUCUCCAAGGUCAACUCCCGGUGCUGAAAUCCAUCUUCCCAAGUAUGGGGACCAUUUCGAAUUACAGCAUCAGAAGUUUUAUGAAGCAGCUCAAAGUUCACGGCAUCAAGGACUAUGAUGUCCACCUGCGGACGGCCUUGAGAUAUGCCGAGGAGGAGAAUCCGUCUCUUGAAGAAUUAUUGAUUGAAGUUGAGAGGGGCGACGAAAUCAAGCCAAAAGAGGAAGAGUCAAUGGAGAUUAAGAGAGACACCAAAGCCAAGCCUAAAAGACAAGGUCUGAAGGUCUUUUUCUCGUCUUUAUUGUCCGUGACGCGUUCUUGGCUAAGGGGAAAGGAUGGAGUGGACAAACCAUAG